AUGAGGCUGCCGUCAGCUCUGCUCCUUCUCAGCCUCCCAGGCUAUUUCUCGAUCCAAGCCCCAAAGUUCGUGAGAGGCCGGGAGCUGGGCUCGCUGACCGUGGAGUGUCGCUAUGAGCACAGAUGGCAGACCCACAGGAAGUGGUGGUGUCGAGGAGCAGACUGGGAUAGUUGCCAGAUCCUCAUUCAAACCACAUCAUCGCAGCAAAAAGUGCAGGGGGACCGGCUGUCCAUCAGGGACAACCAGAGAGACGGCGUGAUCAUAGUGACCAUGAAGGACCUCAGGCGAGAUGACGAAGACACCUACUGGUGUGGGAUUAACAGGAUUGGGACCGACCGCGGGGUGCCCAUCAGCGUGAUCGUUGAGCCAGGAAACCUGUUCUCUGGGAAGAUUUCGAACAACUACAUGGGGGUGUCCUCCGACUCCCUCAUCCGGGUCAGGGCACUGGGAGUGACAGGGCCUGGAGGGCCCGGGGCACUGACCGCUCUGUCCCAUGACAGGAACCACUACGUGCUCCUGGUGUUUGUGAAGGUGCCCAUCUUACUCAUCGUGGUCGGCGCUGUCCUCUGGCUGAAGGGGCACCUGAGGGUCCCCGAGGAGCCAUGGGAACAGCCUGUCUAUAUGAACUUGUCCUCUGACCUGUCCAAUGACACAGCUCUUAGGCAGACAGACGAGACACUUUCUGACCUGGACCACAUUUCCAGGGGAGACACGGACCGAGCCUGGCUCAGAGGCUGUAGACUAGGACGGUCCCCGUGGCGGAGUUCCGUCGGCGGAGGUGACCUGGGCGAGCAGGAGCGCAUCGCCCGUUUCCGAGAAAAGCUGACUUACGCUUCCCGGCGGCUCCUCCUCGCCGGCCCUCACUUCGGUGCAGCUCUGUGA